UAAAGGGGGCCUCCCUGACUUUUCUCGGGACGCUUUCUUUAUUGUCCACUCGUCCUCAACACGCGCGACGCAAUGUUGCAUUAUUAGCAGCGUCUUAUGGCGCAAGACGUAGCGCUAGCGUGGCCUCGCACGCCUCGACGUGUGCGACAAGGCUCCACACGCUUCAUCGACACAGGUCGACCGCAGCUGAGGCCAGGGCUACGGCGGCCACAGCGAACUGUUCAGGUAGCAGCUACAGAUGGCGGUAAUAACUGGCGGCGGCGGCCAGACGACGCCCGUUGGGGAACGAGUGUGCCUCCUGCACGCCGGCGCGGUCUCAUCAACUUCGGCCUUGGCAACUGGGACAGGCUAUGGGGCGAGACAUCAUACCAAUACUACAACUGGCGCCAGGACACCACCAACGAUCUGGUGCUGUUCGUGGCCUUCUUCGCAUUCCUGAUCCUGUCGGGCACGCUGAUCAAGCCCCUGCUGCUUGAGGAAGUGUCUGCGGACGGCCCGGAUGGAUUCUGGAUGGACCUUUACGAGAUUCUGGCGCUCAGCCUCAGCCAGGACCUGCCGCCCGCCAGCCCGACCCAGUUCACGGCGCAGGUGUUCAGUGUGGGUGUGGCGGCGCUGGGGCUGGCGGCAUUCGCGCUGGUGCUGGCGCUGGUGGAGCAGGUGGUGUUCGAGGUGUUUGACGAGAACGUGCGGCGCGGCGGUGAGGUGUACGAGGACGGGCACGUGCUGGUGCUGGCGUGGUGUGCGGGGCAGCGCGACUUCGAGGUGCUGACCAAGGUGCUGUUCCAGUUGUGCCAGGCGUAUCGUUGCGACGGCGGCACGGUGGUGGUGGUGCUGAGCCAGCGGCCCAAGCUGGAGAUGGAGGCAACACUCAGGCGCUCGCUGCCGCCGGCGGAUCGGCACGGCACGCGCUUCGUGUUCCGCUCCGGCAGCCCCCUGGUGCCCGACGACCUGCGCGCCGUGUCCGCACACACCGCCGCCACCACCGUCAUCAUCGCGGACCAGAGCCGCCCGCCAGAUGAGGCGGACGCGCAGUCCAUCCGGUGCGCUAUCCUGCUCGAUGAGCUGGAGCCGCCAACGCCGCCGGCAGACGCCGCCGUGCCAACGUCGGCCGGCGGUGGCGGCGGAGGCGGCUCCACGUGGUCCGACAACCUCGGCCUCGCCGGCGGCGCACUGCAGGCGAUCGGCCUGGGCUUGCGGGGCGCAAGCGGGACAGGCGGCACGGGCAAAUCAGCGGGUGCCAGCAGCAGCGGAGCAGCUGCGCCGCGGCCGCGCAGCCCCAUUGUGGUGGAGCUGCUGACCGGCAACGCCAUGGCCAUGCUGUACUACUCGUGCUCCAGCAGGGUUUUGGCGGUGCCCACGGCGCAGCUGAACGCGCGGCGUAUCGCCAAGCUGCUUCAGAAUCCGGUUGUGUCCACCAUCAGCCAGCAGAUCAUGUCCUUCGAGACGCCCGCGUCAUGCCUGUACGUGCAGAGUUUCCCCGAGCUGACUGGACUGGAGUUCAGUGAAGUCCCGUUUCGGUUUGACUCAGCGAUCGUGCUGGGCACUGUCAAUCGCAUCACGCGCAAAGCCUCCUUCAGCGUCAGCCCCAAACACAAGCUGUCCGCGGACGAGGACGUGGUGCUGCUGCGGCCCACGGACGUCUCCUUCCCGGGCUUCAGGCCCCUGCCACAGGUGGUGCCGGGAACGCCGUCAAUGGAGGAGGCACAGGCCUGGGCGGCCGCUGCCAACCAGCAGGCCUGCAAUUUGGGCCCUCACACCGCCGGCGGCGCUGCUCCCGCGGGAGCAGCAGCUGGAGCAGCCGGCGCAGGGGACUUAUCGGGAGCAGCGUUUGGCAUCGAGGCGGGUGCGGUCACGGCACGGAGGUUGGCGCCAAAGGCCGGUGGCCGCGGCCGCGCCCGCCACGCCGCCCCUGCGCUGUCGCCGGCAACGCUGCAGGUGUUGAUGGGCGCGUUGCCGGUGCCAAGCGCUGGCAAGCAGCAGGCCGCGACGGAUGUCGCCACCGCGGCCGCUGCCACGCGGCACCCCGCCGGCAGCGGCGGGUCUCGGGGCCCCACGGUGUCCCGGGCAACUCAGCUGGACAGCGCCAGCGAGGACGACAUUGACCGGGACAUGUGGCGGGCCUUUGCCUCAGACGACUUCACGACCAUACGCAUCAACGACGACGGUACGGUCGACUUGGACAGCGUGACCGCCGCCGCCGAGGCCGCCGCCGCCGCCGGCGUGCGCGUGGACGCCGCCGCCAGCAGCCUGGACGGCGGCGCGAUCAUGACCAUUGACGCAGGGGACAUCACGGCAGUCGCCAAGUCCACGCCGCCGGGAGCUCAUGAAGCCGCUGCCGCCGCCGGAGGAGCGAGCAGCGCCGCUAACGGCAAUGGCGGCGGCAAUGGCACCAACGGUGCAAGCCGAAGCGGCCGUGGCAGCAGCAGCAGCAGCAGCAGCAGCAGCAGCAGCCUAGCUGGUGCGGGUGUGAAUGCGGGCGGCCGUGCGUCGUACAACAGUGGGGAGACGGCGGAGGACGCGGUGCGCGAUGACGGCGUGCUGACCAACAUGGCAAGUGUCUGGAGCGAGGGCCGGGCCCGGGCAGUGGCAGCCGCACUGCGCGGCACCGCCGCCCCCGCCAGCGCCAACGGCCGCAGCAGGAGCAGGAGUAGCGAGCGGGCGGCAGCGGCGUCUCGAACGGCGGGCGUCUCCGCGGUUGCCACGAAUGAUCGCAGCAACGGCAGGACCGCACCGGCUGGUGCUGGUGCUGGUGCUGGUGCUGCUGCAUUACCGUCGGCAGGCGCUGCGGCGACCUCCUCGGCUGCCGCCGCCACUGCGGCCGCCGCUAGCAGCGCCGCAGCGCGAGUGGCGGGCGGCCCGGCGCUGAGCUCUGUGGGGCUGUCCAGCUCCGACAGCACCGGCGCCUUCACGCUGCUGCAGUACCUGGUGCCCAUGGAGUACUUGAUGGUGGACAACCGGGCUGAGCGGAUCCUGCUGUGCGGCUGGGGCGAGACGCGCUUCAUGACCACACUGCUGAGGGAGCUGGACCACGGCAGCUCAGCACUGCCCAAGGGCAGCGAGGUGCUGCUGCUCAACGACCACGACCCCGCCGCCAGUCUGGGCGAGGCGCUCAAGACGGUCAAGAUCUCCAAUAUCCGCGUCACGCACCUGCCCGCGGACCCGCUGCAGCGGGCGCAGAUGGCAGCCCGCGUCGACAUGACCAGCAUCAAGGCGGCUCUGGUGAUUUGUGACGAGCGCUGGGUGGACCCGGAUGAGAACGCCAACAACGGAGUGGACAGGCUGGUGCAGAUUGACAUGCUUCGCCUCGACUCCAUGGUGAUGAUGGUGCAGCUCAACAUCCGCAAAUUGCUGGAGGACUCGGGCCGGCCCACCAUCAACAUCGUGUGCCAGAAGGUGGCCAGCACUGGCAUGACUCGCUUCGAAGACCGGUGCCGCCUGCCGCUGGGCAUUUCCAUGAAUUUUGCCUCAUUCGCGGCGAAGCUGCUGGUGCUGUCGGCAGUCAACCCAGCCAACCUGUCGGCCUUCGCCGCCUUCGGCUCCCCAGUGGACUUGGCGAUUUUGGACGCGUUGGAGCUGGCGGGUGUGGGCGAGCGGCUUUCAUUCCUGGAGCUGCAGCGCCGGGCACAGGCGCAGCGCAAGGUCCUGGUCGGCUACUACCUGCUGCCCACCUCGGUGGACGAGCCGCUGACAACCGUCAUUAACCCGAGGGGCCUCACGGCGCGCACCGCUCUGCGCGUGUGGAACCGUGGCAACUGCCUGACCAAGUUCCUCGUGCUGCACCGAAAGGAUGUCGCGGCCGCACCCACCACUGCCACCGCAAGCCACAACAGCCGCAGCAAUGCAGGCGCGGCUGCGGUGGAAGCAGCAGCAAGCAGGUCCCCAGCACCGCCCGCAGCGGGUGCGGCUGGCCCGGUGCCGGCUGCCGCAGGCAUUGCAGCGGCCAUGGGCAAUGCGCCGGCAGUAGGCGCCGAUGGCUGGAGCGCGAGCAGCGGCGGAAUCGCAGAGGUGAUGACCGACCUGACGGCGCCGGUGAGUGCGGUGGCGUCAAAGGCGACGGCGACGGUUGCCAGCAUGGGCGCGGUGGCUGCCGCCGUGGCCGCGACCGCCGCGGCGUCAGCGGCGACGACGCUUGCUGGCGCCGCCGGGGCGCUGAAUGCAGCUGCAGCGGAGGUGGGCAGCGAGGGAGGCCGCCGAAGCGGUUCAGACUCAUCAGACUCCGCUGGGGAGGGCCGGGAGGCGUACGGGCCGCUGGCUCCCGCCAUGACUGUUGCCGCGGCCAGCAACAGCCCAGCGGCAGGCCUUGGCUGGGCUGGUGCUGCCGCCAACGGGCAGCCGCAGCCAACGGUGCCGGUGGUGCCCACAGCCGCGGCCGCGGCAUCCGCCGCCGCGGCGGCUGCAGCCGCUGUGGCUGCGGUGGCGGACUCGGUUGCCGCCGACGCGCAGGCGCUUGCGCUGGGCGUUGUCGUGGGCUCAUCGUCGGAGGAGGACGAGGUGCCUGAGUACGGGGAGUCACGCCAGCCCGCCAUCUGGGUGUCAGCUCGGGAGGGCAUCGUCACGCCCAUCUGCGUCAUGGCGGGUGCGGACACUCCCGAGGCGCAGGAGGCGGAGGCACAGCACCGGGCGAUGAUGGCAGCGCUGGAGGCGACGGGCAGCAGUGAGGCUGCGACCAUGGCGGCGGGUGCCGCGCCUGCAGAAGCUGUAACGGAAGCAACAUCAGGCCCUGUCGCUGCGGCGUCGCCGCCGCUAGCCGCUGAGGGCGACCUUCUUGGCGAUGAACAGGGCCCUGGGGAGUGGGUAGUGAAGGAGACGGGAACCGUUUACGUUGAAAAUGGUGGUCCCGAUGCGAGCAUUGGGGCUGGCGGCGGCGCGAGCGGCGCGGCGGCGCAGGCUGCAGCAGCGGUGAUGGAGCUCGGGGGCGUGGUGGCGUCCGCCGCUGUGGCUGCCGCCACAGCCGUCAGCAGCACUCUGCAAGACCAACGCGGCAGUACCGGUUCCAGUGCGGCCGACUCAUGCCAGGAGGCGGGCAACGGCCACGGGGCGGACGGUGUUGGCGCGUCCGACAUGCAGCCAGAGAGUGUUCAGCAUUAGAACAUAAGCUUCCCCAUGGGUUAAAGCAGCUGAGUGCGCUGGUUUUGCGCUGGGAAUGCAUGGGUACGUGACCAACGCGGGCUGGGGGGCCAGGCAAAUGACGUCGGGCCAGGGCAGCGGCCAAGCCGGAACGACAGCAAAAAAGGCGCAUCGUGUGAGCUGUCACAGCAAGGUUUGUGUAUGUGGCUGUGUUUCGGUGGGUUAACGCACCGUGUACAUAAACGUGUUCUUGACUCUUUACUGUGCGUCGGCAGGGCUUGGCGCAGUAUGUGGUAGGCCGCAGCAGUGAGGAGUGUUGUGGCUGUUUCGUUUGUUGCCUGCUGUGCUUAUGCUUGACAGCGGGACGUGGCUGGAUGCAAGACGGGCAGUGCCUGCAUGAACUGACCCCGGCUAUGUCCGCGAGAUGAGGUAGACGCUUGCGGCCUCAGGCUAGAGACGCGGUGUGGGCGCAGUCCACUUUUCCCUUGUGACAGGCAACCACAUAUCUUGUUCAGUCAGGAGGAGAAGUGCGGACGCGCUCGCGGCAUGCCAUUGGCGCGGGCUGCAGGGCGGGGUGUUAAUGACCCUCUUACUCUUUCUAUGCGGACAUUAUGGCGCUCUGCCUUGUUUCAGUUGUUUAGUCGGGGAGUGGUCAACUGUGGUCAGCACUAGCGCACGAAUUUCUUAUGGGUUGGAGCAGUUCGAUGCGCAGGCUCUGCGCCGGCCAUGCAUGGGUGUGCCGGCCAUGCAUGGGCAGGUGACCAACGCAGGCGGCUCGCUCGGAGGCCAUGCAAGUGAAGUUGUGGGGCGUUUGGCCAGGGUGUGUACUUGCCAGAAGUAGGCAGCUUGAAGGACACUCUGAUCAGUCUGGUGGAUUGCCGACACUGCGGAAGGAGCGUGGCAACUGCCUCCUGACGGACUCUUAUUGGCAUCCGCACACCAUGUCAUGGGCAAGUGUGGUGGAGCGCAAAGCUAUCUAGUCUUGAUCACGGGCAGAGCGGUUGAAAGUGAGAGGAGAAUGCGCCUCGCGCGGGUUCAUCUCAAGGUGUGCGCUUCUCCCCUCCCCUGCGUGGCACGUGAACCUCAGUACAGUGCAGCGUCAGGGCGACUAGCAUACUCAUAAUGGCAAUACUGUUGGUUGGGUGGGUGGUUAGCGUACGGUAUCGCUGGUGGGUGUCCGGGUUGGAGGACAAGGGACACGCAUGGACCCGGUGGCAUCCAUGCACCCUGACCUGCGCAUGUGCGACUGUUGUUAUUCGGCCAUAAACAC